AUGGAAAAAAAUGUAUAUGCAUUGUUUCUGAUGUUGAUAUUUACCCUUAUUUUCUGUCUAUCUGAAGGGCUUAAUGCAGAGGGAAAGCACCUUAUGGAUAUAAAGGGGAAAUUGUCUGACAGAUACAAUCAUCUUGAGAAUUGGAAUUCAAAUGAUUCAACACCUUGUGGUUGGAAAGGUGUCAUUUGCAACAGUGACAUCAAUCCAUUGGUUGAAUCUCUUGACUUGCAUGCAAUGAAUCUCUCAGGCUCUUUAUCUUCCAGCAUUGGUGGUUUGGUUCACUUGCUUCAUCUUAAUCUUUCUCAAAACACAUUCUCUGGUUUUAUACCAAAGGAAAUUGGAAACUGUUCAAGUUUGCAGGUUCUUAGUCUCAACAUUAAUCAAUUUGAAGGCCAAAUUCCUGUCGAAAUAGGCCGACUUUCGAAUUUAACAGAAUUGCAUCUUUCCAACAACCAGCUCUCAGGACCUUUUCCAGACGAAAUUGGUAACCUUUCUUCACUUUCGAUACUUACUCUUUACACAAAUCAUCUCAGCGGGUCUUUGCCGGCUUCUAUCGGGAACCUUAAAAGAUUGAUUCGGUUUCGCGCCGGACAAAAUAUGAUCUCAGGAAGUUUACCUCGAGAGAUAGGUGGAUGUGAAAGCUUGGAAUAUCUUGGUUUAACUCAAAAUCAGAUAAGUGGUGAAAUACCGAAAGAACUCGGACUACUCAAGAACUUGCAAUAUUUGGUCCUUAGGGAAAAUAAUCUUCAUGGCUCUAUACCUAAAGAGCUUGGAAACUGUACAAAUUUGGAGGUUCUUGCUCUCUAUCAGAACAAUCUUGUGGAAGAAAUUCCAAAGGAGCUCGGAAACCUUGAAGUCCUAAAGAAACUAUACCUUUACAGGAAUGAGUUGACAGGAAAUAUUCCAAGGGAGAUUGGAAACCUUUCUGUUGCAAUUGAGAUUGAUUUUUCGGAGAAUCUUCUUACAGGAGAGAUACCGAUCGAGUUGGUUAAUAUCAAGGACUUGCAAUUGCUUCAUCUCUUCGAGAACAAACUAACUGGUGCAAUUCCGAAUGAGUUCACAACCUUGGAAAACCUAACUGAGCUUGAUCUCUCUAUCAAUUACCUCAAUGGUACUAUUCCGAUCGGAUUUCAGGAUUUGACCAAACUGAACUCAUUGCAACUCUUCAACAACUCGUUAAGUGGUAGAAUUCCUUAUGCACUCGGAGCAAAUAGUCCACUUUGGGUGCUUGAUUUGUCGUUCAACAACUUAGUCGGAAGAAUUCCAAUUCAUCUUUGCCAACAUUCUAACUUGAUGAUGUUGAACUUAGGAUCAAACAAACUCGCCGGAAAUAUACCUUAUAGAAUUACAAGCUGCAAGUCUUUGGUGUAUCUUCGUCUCUUCGGCAACAACUUGAGAGGCAAGUUUCCUUUGAAUUUAUGCGAGCUUGUAAAGCUUUCUACAGUUGAGUUGGAACAGAAUGAAUUCACUGGCCCUAUUCCUCCACAAAUUGGUCACUUCCAAAAUUUGCAAAGACUUCACCUUUCUAACAACCGUUUUUCAGCUGAGUUGCCGAAAGAAAUCGGUAACCUCUCUCAGUUGGUAUCCUUUAAUGUCUCAUCAAAUUACCUUUUUGGUAGACUGCCUAUGGAACUUUUCAACUGCCGGAAGCUCCAAAGACUUGACCUCAGCAACAACGACUUCACAGGUACUUUAUCAGGUGAAAUAGGAACUCUUUUACAGUUAGAGCUUCUAAGGCUCUCAAAUAACAAUUUUUCUGGUAAAAUUCCAUUGGAAGUCGGAAGACUCUUGCGGUUGACCGAACUACAAAUGAGCAAAAACUCAUUUUGUGGUUACAUUCCACAAGAGUUAGGCGCACUCGCGUCCUUGCAAAUUGCACUUAAUCUCAGCUAUAAUAAACUUUCAGGCCAAAUACCUUCCCAACUUGGGAAUCUUAUUAUGCUAGAAUCUCUCCAACUCAACAACAAUCACUUGAGCGCCGAAAUUCCAAACUCCUUUAAUAGACUUUCAAGUUUACUUUCUUUCAACUUUUCAUACAACGAUCUUUUCGGACCUUUACCUUCUUUACCUCUCUUUCAAAACUCCACAUUCAGCUGCUUUUCAGGUAACAAGGGACUAUGUGGAGGACCCCUUGUCCCUUGUUCGAGCUCAACAUCACAUUCCCCUCCGAAUAAACUAGGAAAAGUUCUAGCUAUAGUUGCAGCUAUUGUUAGUGUAGUUUCAUUGAUUUUAAUUCUGGUUAUCAUAUAUCUAAUGAAAAAUCUCACUCUGCCACACCAAGAUAUAGACAAACCAAAUUCUCCAAAUGUUUCAAACAUGUACUUUUUUCCAAACGAGGAGUUGAAUUUCCGAGACAUGGUUGUAGCUACUGAAGAUUUUCAUUCCAAAUACGAAAUCGGAAAAGGUGGCAGCGGAACUGUGUAUAGAGCAGAUAUAUCAAAUGAUCAUAAUCAUAUAAAUACAAUUGCUGUAAAGAGACUUACAUCAAACAGUAACAGCAUUGAUUUAAACGGUUGCUUCCGCGCUGAAAUCUUAACUUUGGGCAAAAUAAGGCACAGAAAUAUCGUGAAAUUAUACGGUUUCUGCAACUACAGCGGCUCUAAUAUGCUACUUUAUGAACACAUGGAAAAUGGUAGUUUAGGAGAGUUACUUCAUGGAGAAUCCUCCUCUAGUCUUGAUUGGUAUUCCAGGUUUAGGAUUGCUCUAGGAACUGCACAGGGACUAUCUUAUUUGCACCAUGAUUGCAAGCCGAGGAUUAUCCACCGGGAUAUCAAGUCAAAUAACAUACUCGUCGACCAUGAAUUCGAAGCUCAUGUUGGUGAUUUUGGUUUGGCUAAGCUUAUUGAUAUCUCAAAGUCUAAAUCAAUGUCUGCAGUUGUAGGCUCUUAUGGCUACAUUGCCCCUGAGUAUGCAUACACAAUGAAAGUGACAGAAAAAUGUGAUGUCUACAGCUAUGGAGUAGUCCUAUUGGAGUUACUAACAGGCAAGAAGCCAAUCCAAUCACUGGAUCAAGGUGGUGGUGAUCUUGUAACAUGGGUGACAAAUCAUAUCAACAAAUAUUCAUUGAAACUAGACAUCAUAGAUGCAAAAUUGGACCUCCUAGAUGAAAUUGAUGUUGCUCAAAUAUUUGAUGUCUUGAAAAUUUCUUUACUAUGCAUCGACACAUGUCCGUCUAGACGACCAACCAUGCGUAAAGUUGUUGCAAUGCUUACAAGUUCUAGUAAAAGGAAAGAGCAAUCUUUGCUCUCUCCAUGUCAUGAAUCAACUAACUUUGAAGAAUGA